AUGGCUGUGCCGAGGAAUUCCUUGCGUGGCUUUUUGACGCAAGCACGCGGCGCUCUUCGAGCGGCAGUCGACUCGAGCCAGAAGAUAACCUUCGUUAUUGGAAACGAAUCUGCUGAUCUCGAUUCUAUGACUUGCUCGGUCUUGUACGCUUACAUUCGCUCCAUGGCGCCACCGCGCAACGCCUUUACUCCACUAUAUGUUCCGAUAACGAAUAUCCCUUCCUCAGGCAUCCAGCUGCGACCCGAAUUCCUGGCGCUCUUCAAGCAUGCCAACAUUGAAUCCCGGCACCUGAUAACGCUCGACGAUCUUCCCGACCUGUCCGUCAUCAAGUCCAAGCUUCCUCCGGAGAAUACGAGGUGGAUAAUAGUCGAUCACAACGCCCUGCAGGGCCAGCUGGGCAAGAUAUACUCAGAUAGGGUUGGUGGAGUCAUCGACCAUCACGAGGAUGAAGGCAGAGUACCUGAGGAUACUGGCAGCGAACCUCGCAUAAUUGAGAAAGCCGGUAGCUGCUGCAGCCUAGUCACCGGGUAUUGUCGACAAGCGUGGGACACGCUUUCUGGUUCCGCCACUUCAUAUGGCGCCGCGCACGCCCAGGGAGACACUUUGUCAGACGAUGGCGCUGUUGUCAAAUUAUGGGAUGCAGAAGUGGCCCAAUUAGGAUUGGCGAGUAUUUUAAUUGACACAGCAAACCUCCAAUCCGAAGAGAAGACGACCGAGCACGACAGGAAGGCGGUCGAGUACCUAGAAGCUAAGAUCAUGUCUUGCCCGCAGCUUUCCGCAAGUUUUCACCGCAACGAGUUCUAUGAGGAGAUUGAUACGGCGAAGAAGGACAUUGGAGGGUUGAAGCUGCAGGAUAUUCUAAGAAAGGACUACAAGGAGUGGAACGAGAACGGGAGGAAACUCGGCAUCAGCUCAGUGGUGAAGUCUAUUGACUUCCUGCAACAGAAGGCCGGAGACGAAGCAAACACGCAGCCUGUCGACGACGCCUUGCUCGAAGCGCUGCGUCGGUUUGCAUCGGACCGCGAACUUGACAUGUACGCCGUCAUGACCACGUCCACAUCCUCGGAAGGCGAGUUUCAGAGGGAGCUCCUUGUGUGGGCGUUUAACGAGACAGCCAUAUCCGCAGCGAAGUCAUUUGCCCAAGAUGCCCACGAUGAGCUAGGACUCGAGGACUGGCACGCAUCAGGCGUCAAGGCCCAUGGUCACGAUGGCGAAGGGCAUUGGAGACAGGUUUGGUGGCAAAGAAACGUACAGCACAGCCGAAAACGUGUCGCUCCUCUGCUCAGGGAAGCUAUGACUUAA